GUUUUAUAAAGACCUUACUGCACAGCAGAAUAUUCAUGAUAAUCAGAUGUGCUAUAAAUGUAAGGAAUAUGGAAGGACCUCUAGAAGAGUUGAAGAAAUUACUCUACUUCAAAGAAUUCAUAAUGGUGAGCAACCCUAUGAAUGUACUUUCUGUGGGAAAUCCUUUAGAGCACAUGCACAACUUACUCGACAUCAGAAAAUCCACACUGAUGAGAAACCUUACAAAUGUAUGGAAUGUGGCAAGGACUUUAGAUUUCAUUCACAGCUAACUGAACAUCAGAGAAUUCAUACUGGUGAGAAACCAUACAAAUGCAUACAAUGUGAGAAGGCCUUUAGAAUUAGUUCACAGCUUAUUGAACAUCAGAGAAUUCACACUGGUGAGAAACCUUAUACAUGUAAAGAAUGUGGGAAGGCUUUUGGAGUCUGUAGAGAACUUGCUCGACAUCAAAGAAUUCAUACUGGUAAGAAACCCUAUGAAUGUAUGGCAUGUGGAAAGGUCUUUAGAAAUAGUUCAUCCCUGACUAGACAUCAGAGAAUUCAUACUGGUGAGAAACCCUAUAAAUGUAAGGAAUGUGGGAAAGCUUUUGGAGUGGGUAGUGAACUUACUCGACAUCAGAGAAUUCACAGUGGUCAGAAACCUUAUGAAUGUAAAGAAUGUGGAAAGUUCUUUAGACUUACUUCAGCCCUUAUUCAGCAUCAGAGAAUUCAUAGUGGUGAGAAACCUUAUGAAUGUAAGGUAUGUGGGAAAGCCUUUAGACACAGUUCAGCCCUUACUGAACAUCAGAGAAUUCAUACUGGAGAGAAACCUUAUGAAUGCAAGGCAUGUGGGAAGGCCUUUAGGCAUAGUUCAUCCUUUACAAAACAUCAGAGAAUUCAUACUGGUAAGAAACCCUAUGAAUGUAAGGAAUGUGGGAAUGCCUUUAGUAUGCAUUCAGAUCUUCUUCAGCAUGAUCAAAUUCACACUCGAGAGAAACCUUAUCAAUGUAAUGAAUGUGGAAAAACCUUUAGCCUGAAGCAAAACCUCAUAGAGCAUAAUAAAAUGCAUACCGGAGAAAAAUCACAUGAAUGUACUGAAUGUGAUAAAGUAUUCUCUCGAGUCUCAUCUCUUACUCUACAUUUGAGAAGUCAUACAGGAAAUAAACCAUAUAAAUGUAGUAAAUGUGGAAAAGCCUUUAGCCAGAAGAGAAACUUCCUUUCUCAUCAGAAACAUCAUGCAGAAGAGAAACCUUAUGAAUGUGGGAGAGCUUCUAUUCAGAUUCCAAGCCUUAUUAAACACCAGAGAAAUCACACUGGAAACAAACCAUAUGCAUGUAAAGAAUGUGGGAAAGCCUUCAAUGGCAAAUCCUAUCUCACUGAGCAUGAGAAAAUUCAUACGGGAGAGAAACCAUUUGAAUGUAAUCAAUGUGGAAGAACCUUCAGCCAGAAGCAAUACCUCAUUAAACACCAGAAUAUUCAUAGUGGAAAGAAACCCUUUAAAUGUAAUGAGUGUGGAAAAGCCUUUAGCCAGAAGGAAAACCUCAUUAUCCAUCAAAGAAUACAUACUGGAGAGAAACCUUAUGAGUGUAAAGGGUGUGGAAAAGCUUUCAUUCAGAAAUCAAGCCUCAUUAGACACCAGAGAAGUCAUACAGGAGAGAAACCCUAUAUAUGUAAGGAAUGUGGGAAAGCCUUUAGUGGCAAAUCAAAUCUCACUGAGCAUGAGAAAAUUCAUAUUGGAGAGAAACCCUAUAAAUGUAAUGAAUGUGGAACAAUCUUUAGGCAGAAGCAAUACCUCAUUAAACAUCACAAUAUUCAUACAGGAGAGAAACCCUAUGAAUGUAAUAAAUGUGGAAAAGCCUUCUCUCGAAUCACAUCACUUAUUGUACAUGUGAGAAUUCAUACAGGCGAUAAACCUUAUGAAUGUAAAAUAUGUGGGAAAGCCUUCUGUCAAAGCUCAUCUCUUACUGUGCAUAUGAGAAGCCAUACAGGUGAGAAGCCCUAUGGUUGUAAUGAAUGUGGAAAAGCCUUCUCUCAGUUCUCAACUCUUGCUCUACAUAUGAGAAUCCAUACUGGAGAAAAGCCUUAUCAGUGUAGUGACUGUGGGAAAGCUUUCAGCCAGAAGUCACAUCACAUUCGACAUCAGAGAAUUCAUACUCAUUAAAGCUUUAUGAAUGCCUUGAAUUCAGGAAAACCUUCAAUAGAAUUCCUACUUAAUAAUAGAUCAGAAAAUUCAUUUUACAAUAAAGUGACAUGAAUGUGGAAAAUCCUUCAGCAACAACUCAAAACUUAAAAUACUGAGAUUUUAAAUAAUAAGUAUAGUGUCAUAAAAACUUAUACUACCAGAAUCCCCAUAACCAACAUUGGUAGUGCUGUAUGUUUAGAAGCAUUCUAAUCAACAUGGUUUGGAAGGCCUACUUGAUGCAUU